AUGGGGCGGUUCAGUGCGAGGUUCCGAAUGAAACGUGACCUCUUCCUGAAGAUUGUUGCGGCGGUUGAAGAGAAGGACCCAUGGUUUCAGCAAAGGAGAAACGCAGCUGGCGAGCUAGGGCUAUCCGCGUUGCUAAAAGUGACUGCGGCAUUUCGUAUGCUAGCAUACGACGCGCCGGCCGAUUCUCUAGAUGAAUGCCUCCAUCUAGGGGAGAGCACCAUCAUUGAGAGCAUGCGACGUUUCGUCCGUACUGUCGUUGAGGCAUUUGGCGAUGAGUACCUCCGAUCUCCUAAUGAGGAGGACACAACGCGUUUGCUUGCCAUCAACGCGCGCAGAGGGUUCUCCGGGAUGUUAGGAAGCGUUGAUUGUAUGCAUUGGAGGUGGAAGAACUGCCCCACGGUGUGGGCAGGGUCUUUUACCGGGCAUGUAAACGCUCUGACGAUCAUUCUCGAGGCGGUAGCUUCGCACGACCUGUGGAUCCGGCAUGCCUGGUUCACUGAACGACAUUAA